AUGCCGCCGGCGAAGAAAGGGAAAACGAAGGCUGGAUCAAAGGAAACGACUCCUUCUGAAAAACCUAACAAUUUUCCGUCGUGUAUUCGGUGCAUGCCUCCUUCAUCCGUCGCUAUAACCAUCCACGCUAAACCCGGUUCCAAGUCCGCGUCCAUAACAGUAGAUGUGAGCGAUGAAGCUGUUGGUGUGCAAAUUGAUGCACCGGCGAGGGACGGUGAAGCAAAUGCUGCUCUUCUUGAUUACAUCAGCUCUGUUUUAGGUGUAAAACGAAGACAAGUAUCUUUAGGUACAGGUUCUAAGUCAAGAGAUAAAAUGGUGAUUGUGGAAGAUGUAACUCAGCAAUAUGUUUUUGAUGCUUUGGAUAAAGUCUCAAAACAGUAG